AUGACUUGCGGCGAUAUCUUCCUCGGCUUCCUAGCCAUCCUCUUCCCUCCUAUUGCAGUCUGGAUCAAGUCCGGCAUCUGCUCUGCGGAUUCCCUGAUCAACAUUCUCCUGUGCUGCUUGGGCUACAUCCCAGGUCUCAUCCAUGCAUGGUACAUCAUCUCCCGCAACCCCGAGCAAGACUACGACUACGAGGCGAUCCCCAACGCCGAGAACGGCGAGCGUGUUACAUAUUACUACGUGCGACAUGAGCCAGGACGACUCGACUACGGCACCGCACAACAGCAAGGCCAAGGCCAGAACCGCCCCGCCCCGCCCCCUCCCAAUACAAAGAGUAAGCCUACCUAUAGCGGUUACAGCAACACUUCCAACGGCCAAGGAAGCAGCAGACCAGCACCCCCCCCUCCUCAGCCUGCCGAGGGUCCAAGUGUAGGUGCUGGGGGUGAGGAGCCAGGCGCCCCGCCCAGCUACUCCGAGGUCGUCAAGGGCGAUAACAAGAUCCAGAGCCAGGACUAG